CGCAGCAAUAUGAUGAACAUCACUGAGCUGACUCUGCAGCUCCAGCCCUCCAGGGCCUCGGACCGUCUGCUGCAACCAUUCUGGGAUUAUUUGCUGAUUCACCACCUGCCUCUCAUCUCAUCUCCUUUUUUCCCUGUGCUACUCGCCUUUUCCAGCUUUUUCUUCUUCAGCAUACCCUUUGCUGCAUUGGACCUCUUGGCAGAAAGAGUGCCGUUAUUCUAUAAGUACAAGAUCCAACCAGACAGGCGGCCAACUGUGGAAAUGAUGGUUACAAACUUCAUUAUAGCGCUGUCUAACCACAUAUUCUUUGUUGUGCCAGUUGUAAUAAUCAGCACGUUCAUCCUGCCUAUACCAACAGUGCCAAAGGAUGCUCCAACUUUGUAUGAGCUUUUCACUGGCGGACUGGCUGUACUUCUCCUUUUUGACACUCAGUACUAUAUUUGGCAUUUCAUACAUCACAAGCAUCCACAGCUUUACCGAUGCAUCCAUGCAAUCCAUCAUGAAUACAUGGCACCUUUCUCUUUGUCGACUGAGCGUCUCAGCAUCCCAGAGUUGAUCACUGUUGGUUUCUGGAGCAACCAGGACCCGAUUAUUUUGAAGUGCCACCCACUGACCAUGUGGUGCACCACAAUCUUCAGUAUCUGGUUGUCUGUGGAGGACCACAUAGGAUAUGACCUGCCGUGGAGUCUCAGCCACCUGGUGCCUUUUGGUCUGCUGGGCGGUGCAGCGGCUCAUGACAUGCACCACCAGAAACCAAGCAGCAAUUACGCACCUUUAUUCAGCCACUGGGACAGAAUCUUUGGCACCUCUGUUCCUCUGAAGAGAAAAAACUAAAACACGUGAAGUUAACACGUGAAUGCAACUGUGAAAAUACUGCAUGUUUAAUGUUUGUUCUUUGCACGUUAUUCAAUCAGUUGUCUGUAUAAUUACAAUUGCCUAUACUUCAUAGCACUUGCUGCUCCUGCAGAAUGCCUUUGAGUGCUUGCUUUCUCAAUUGCUUGUAAAAUAUCAUUUUAAAGUUGUAUAUUUUAU